UCCUGGCGGGACCAGGGUCCGGGCGGCUGGCGAGCGCCGAGGCGGCGUCAUGUCCUCCGAAGUGGCCGCGCGCCGCGAUGCCAAGAAGCUGGUGCGCUCCCCCAGCGGCCUGCGCAUGGUGCCCGAGCAUCGCGCCUUUGGCAGCCCCUUCGGCCUGGAGGAGCCGCAGUGGGUCCCAGACAAGGAGUGCCCGAGAUGUAUGCAGUGUGAUGCCAAGUUUGACUUUCUCACCAGAAAGCACCACUGCCGCCGGUGUGGGAAGUGCUUCUGUGACAAGUGCUGUGGCCAGAAGGUGCCGCUGCGGCGCAUGUGCUUCGUGGACCCCGUGCGGCAGUGUGGUCAAGGGCAGGGCUGGGCAGAGUUAGGUGUGGCGCAGACGACCCGCAGCUGUUUAACCCCUGGGGCAGAGGUGCUGUUCCAGCUCCCAAAGUCUGAUCCCAUGCAAGUGCCUUAA